CUAAACAACAAGCGGAAUCAUGCAAAGAAUGUGGGCGACGAUCAUGUUUACUUUGAUAGUUGUACUAUCAAUAUCUAUACAAACAAAGGGUAACGAACGAAAUGAUACUGUCGGUGCUCCAUCGUCUGCAGUACUAGCACCUCAAUCAGAGGACGGAUUAUUACCUAAUCCUCUGUCUUGUUUGUCUGACGUAAAAACAAUUCCGGAUUGUGUAAAAGCAGUGAAGCACUUCAAACUUAUAACUGUCACAAAGAACUGUUGUGUCAUCCUACUAAAUGUUCCGGAGGAUUGUUUCGGAUAUAUAUUUCCUAUUCCUCUCAUCUAUCGUAUUCUGCUCAAGAUUGCCUGCAAACUAUUAGGUCACAUUCCAUAA